AUGGCACCGGCAAAAGCUGAAUCGCCGUCUCAGACGGAUACGCCAAUGACCGAUGUAAAUGAUGAUACCAUCCCGUCCAUUCCUGUCGACGCGCCGAUGGCCUACCAAGAUACGCCCGACUACACGGACUCUGACACAAACCCAAACACUACGGCGAGCAGCGUCGCGGGCGACGCUGUAGUUGAUGGUCACAGACGCCGGUCGGAGGCGACUCAGCUGAGAAAGAGUCUUCUGAGCAAGAAACACGGCCGCCUGGAUGAAUCUAAGGAAAAUGAUUCAAUCCGCCGAUUCCGAUACCUUCUCGGCCUGACAGAUCUGUUCCGCCACUUCAUCGAGACCAACCCGAACCCACGCAUCAAGGAGAUCAUCGCCGAAAUCGACCGUCAGAACUCGGAGAGUGAGGCAAAGGCACGCAAGGGUUCCUCUCGCGCGGGUGGUGCGGGCGGCGACAGGCGCCGCAGAACCGAGCAAGAGGAGGAUGCGGAGCUGUUGCGCGAUGAGCGGCAAGGCGGCGAGACAACCACAGUGUUCCGUGAUUCGCCUGGUUUCGUCCACGGUGAACUUCGUGAUUAUCAGAUCGCAGGCUUGAAUUGGCUUGUCUCGCUCCACGAAAAUGGUAUCUCGGGUAUUCUGGCCGAUGAGAUGGGAUUGGGCAAGACUCUGCAGACAAUCUCAUUUUUGGGUUAUCUGCGUUUCGUCCGUGAUAUCCCUGGUCCUCAUCUGGUUGCCGUGCCUAAGUCAACCCUGGACAACUGGAAGCGCGAGUUCGCCAAGUGGAUCCCAGAUGUCCAAGUCCUAGUUCUCCAGGGUGAUAAGGACGAGCGACAACGUUUGAUCAACGAGGAGCUGUUCCAAGAUAACUUCGACGUUUGCAUCACCAGCUACGAGAUGAUCCUCCGCGAGAAAUCCUCCCUCAAGAAAAUCGCCUGGGAAUACAUCAUUAUUGAUGAGGCUCAUCGAAUCAAGAACGAGGAGUCUUCACUCUCGCAGAUCAUUCGUCUUUUCAACUCCCGCAACCGCUUGCUUAUCACCGGAACCCCGCUGCAAAACAACCUACACGAACUGUGGGCUUUGCUCAACUUUUUGCUCCCAGACGUGUUCGGUGACUCGGAUGCCUUUGACCAGUGGUUCUCUAACCAGGAAUCUGACCAGGAUACUGUUGUGCAGCAGCUUCAUCGCGUUUUACGACCCUUCUUGCUGCGACGUGUGAAGAGCGAUGUCGAGAAGAGCUUAUUGCCCAAGCAGGAACUCAAUCUCUAUGUCCCCAUGUCCGAGAUGCAAAGGAAAUGGUACCAAAAGAUUCUGGAGAAGGAUAUUGACGCGGUCAACGGCGCAGCUGGCAAGAAGGAAUCCAAGACCCGAUUGUUGAACAUUGUCAUGCAACUACGAAAAUGUUGCAACCACCCCUACCUUUUCGAAGGAGCCGAGCCCGGCCCUCCAUACACGACCGACGAACAUCUUAUAUACAACGCCGGAAAAAUGGCCAUUUUGGACAAGCUCUUGAAGCGUAUGAAGGAGGAUGGCAGUCGAGUACUUAUCUUCUCUCAGAUGAGUCGUGUUCUGGACAUCCUGGAGGAUUACUGUGUCUUCCGAGAGUUUGAGUACUGUCGCAUUGAUGGCACCACAGCUCACGAGGAUCGUAUCGCUGCCAUUGACGAUUACAACAAGCCCGGGUCGGAGAAGUUUGUCUUCCUUCUUACAACGCGUGCAGGUGGCCUGGGUAUCAACUUGACCACGGCCGAUAUCGUGGUGCUUUUCGACAGUGACUGGAACCCUCAGGCCGAUCUUCAGGCCAUGGAUCGUGCUCACCGAAUUGGCCAGACCAAGCAGGUCAAGGUCUUCAGAUUCGUCACGGAGAAUGCUAUCGAAGAAAAGGUUCUGGAGCGAGCCGCGCAGAAAUUGCGUCUGGAUCAACUGGUUAUCCAGCAAGGCCGUGCUCAGCAGUCAAACAAGGCUGCUUCGAAGGACGAUUUGCUUGGCAUGAUUCAACACGGUGCUGCCGAUGUCUUUGGUCCCACGGACACCACUACCAAGGGAGAUGAUAUCUCCCAAAAUGAUUUCGAAGCUAUUCUACGCAAGGGUGAGGAGCGGACGCAGCAGUUGAACAAGAAGUAUGAGAAGCUUGGCAUCGACGAUCUGCAGAAGUUCAGCUCCGAGAGUGCCUAUGAGUGGAACGGCCAGGAUUUCACGGAGCGUAAGAAGGACAUCGGCGUCAAUUGGAUCAAUCCCGCCAAGCGUGAGCGCAAGGAGAAGUUUUACUCUAUCGACAAGUACUAUCGCCAGGCCCUGGCCACUGGUGGCCGAACCGCUGAUACGAAGCCCAAGGUUCCGCGGGCACCCAAGCAACUCACCGUUCAUGACUGGCAGUUCUACCCUCCUGGUCUGCAGGAGUUGCAGGAGAGGGAGACGGCCAGUUUCCACAGGGAUAUCGGCUACAAGGCUCCACUCCCCGAGGGUCCGGAGGAAGAGUUGAGCGAGCGUGAGGCCGAGCGGGAUCUCGAGCAGCAGGAGAUCGACAAUGCCCAGCCUCUCAACGAGGAGGAGCAAGCCGAGAAGGCUCGCAUGUCGGAGCUGGGCUUCUCUCACUGGAACCGUCGUGAUUUCCAGCAAUUUGUCAACGGUUCGGCCAAGUUUGGACGUACCGACUACGUUGGAAUUGCUACCGAAGUGGACAGCAAGGAGCCCGACGAAGUUGAGGAGUAUGCCAAGGUCUUCUGGCAACGAUAUACCGAGAUCCAGGAUUAUAACAAGUACCUGAAGGUGAUUGAGCAGGGUGAGGAGAAGCUGCAGAUGAAGAACCACCAGCGCAAGAUGUUGCGCAAGAAAUUGGAGAUGUACCGCGUGCCUCUGCAGCAGCUCAAGAUCAACUACACCGUGUCUACGACCAACAAGAAGGUUUACACCGAGGAGGAGGACCGAUUCCUACUGGUGAUGCUGGACAAGUACGGCGUCGAGGGCGAAGGUCUGUACGAGAAGAUCCGCGACGAGGUCCGGGAUUCGCCACUCUUCCGUUUCGACUGGUUCUUCCUCAGCCGUACUCCAGUGGAGAUCGGUCGCCGCUGUACCACGCUGCUGAACACCGUGGCCAAGGAAUUCGAGACCGACGGCAAGGCCAAUGGGGAAGGCAAGGGCCGUGGUCGAGACCGCGACGAGGAUGAGGAGAACGAUGACGCGGCACCCGUGAAGAAGAAGGCUAAGAAUGGCGCCACUGCCAAGCAAGUCAAAAACACCAAAGCUGGCAGCAAGGCCGGCUCCAACGCAACCUCGCGAGCGGCCAGCGUGUCAAACGCACCCAAGAGCAAGGGCCGCAAGAAGUGA